GCGCGGGAGAGUAACGGCGAGGGCGCGGGCGGAGACGGGCGGGUCUAGGCAGGUUCUGCGCUUCAGCCGGUGGCGACCGGGACUUGCUUCCUGCUUGUUCUGGACUGAGAUGUCCCUGCCGAAGUUAUCUAAGAAGGAGGAAAUCUGUUCCGGGUGAGCCCAGGACGUCCCCAAAAUGCGAUGGCUGAGAAGCGGACACUAAGGACGAGACUGAGGUGGGAGUCAGGCAGGAAAUCCAACCACGAUUUGGGUGGUCUCCGUCCCCUCUGCGAAUCCCCAGAGUGUUGAAACCAGCCUCACCUGCUAGGAUGCUUCAGCCUUGAGUGAAGGUUGGGUUUCAAACCAAGCUACUGGAUUCUCCUGGUUAAAAUCAAGAGCUCUGAGUGAAGAGUGAAAAUGGCAUAAUCUGUAUUAACAACUCGUAACUUGAAGGCAUGACAAUCAAGGAACACACAUGGACUUGUGGCACAUGGAAAUGUGUACACAGGAAAAGGAAAUCUAUAAUUCUUUAGAAGUAGAAAAGCAUUCUUCUUCCCCAAAAUGAAUUCAUUGUGCUCAAUUAUCAAGUUUGAAAAUCUCCAAGAAUUAAAGAGACUGUGUCACUGGGGUCCCAUCAUAGCCCUCGGUGUUAUAGCAAUAUGUUCUACAAUGGCCAUGAUUGACUCUGUGUUGUGGUAUUGGCCCCUGCAUACAACUGGAGGAAGCGUGAACUUCAUCAUGUUGAUAAACUGGACUGUUAUGAUUCUUUAUAAUUACUUCAAUGCCAUGUUUGUUGGUCCUGGCUUUGUCCCUCUGGGAUGGAAACCGGAAAAUUCUCAGGAUAGCAUGUAUCUCCAGUAUUGUAAAGUCUGUCAAGCCUACAAGGCACCACGUUCCCAUCACUGCAGAAAAUGUAACAGAUGUGUGAUGAAGAUGGACCAUCACUGUCCUUGGAUCAACAACUGUUGUGGUUACCAAAAUCAUGCUUCGUUCACACUAUUUCUCCUUUUAGCACCACUGGGUUGUAUCCAUGCUGCUUUCAUUUUUGUUAUGACUAUGUACACACAGCUUUAUAAUCGGCUCUCCUUUGGGUGGAACACAGUGAAGAUUGAUAUGAGUGCAGCCCGGAGAGAUCCUCUUCCAAUCGUUCCCUUUGGAUUAGCUGCAUUUGCUGCCACAUUGUUUGCCUUGGGAUUAGCUUUAGGAACAACUAUAGCUGUUGGGAUGUUGUUUUUUAUCCAAAUGAAAAUAAUUCUCAGAAAUAAAACUUCUAUUGAAUCCUGGAUUGAAGAGAAGGCUAAAGAUCGAAUUCAGUAUUACCAACUAGAUGAAGUCUUUCUUUUUCCUUACGAUAUGGGAAGUAGAUGGAAGAACUUUAAACAGGUAUUUACAUGGUCAGGGGUUCCUGAAGGAGAUGGACUGGAGUGGCCCAUAAGAGAAGGGUGUCACCAGUACAGCUUGACAAUAGAACAGUUGAAACAAAAAGCAGAUAAAAGAGUCAGAAGUGUUCGCUAUAAGGUAAUAGAAGAUUAUAGUGGUGCCUGCUGUCCUUUAAAUAGAGGAAUCAAAACCUUCUUCACGAGCCCCUGCACCGAAGAACCUCGAAUACAGCUACACAAAGGGGAGUUCAUUUUAGCCACAAGAGGGUUACGAUACUGGUUAUAUGGAGACAAAAUUCUUGAUGAUUCCUUUAUAGAAGGUGUGUCAAGAAUAAGAGGAUGGUUCCCUAGGAACUGUGUGGAAAAAUGUCCCUGUGAUACUGAAACAGAUUCAACAUCAGAAGGCGAGAAGAAAAACAGAUAGCCACUGUUAAAAUGAAAUUAUUCUUUAAUUCUGCUUCAUUACUUGAAAAUUGUACAUAUUACUACAGAAUUAUGCAACAAGCCUACUCUGGUUAAAAUGUUCUUUUCCUCAAAGGUGCCCUAGUGCCAUGAUUUAAAUAUUUUUAUUACUAAUUUGGAAUGGAGAAGCCAUUCUGUGUAUGCCUUUGAAUUCCUCCCCUUUUUAUCACCCCCUCUUCCCCGCAAAAGGAAACCUAUUUUACCCGAGUAGCUAAUAGCAUUUCCUCUAGGUUUUCCUUUAUGCGUUGCAUACUGUGGACUUCACCUGCAGAUAUAGUUCCCCUUUGCCAGGAGCAUCUGCAUGUGAUCCUUUUUGUUUCUUUCUCAGUUGAUGCUUCUUAAAUAUUCUAGAAACUAUGAGAACUUGUCCGAUUCAGUAUAAGCUCAAAUUUUGUUACUUGUCUUUUAAUAAUGCAGAUUUUGUCAAAUCAAAUAAAGAUCAAUGGAUGUUCUAAUAAAUCAUAUUUUUCACUUAA